AUGGGAUUUGGAAUGCCGAUUUUGUACCCUCUCUUCUUCCGGGUUUGUCAAGCUUCCUUUACUCUUAGACUCGAUAGGGUGAAAUUUGAUGGGAUGGGGUGUGUUCUGUUUUGCUGUGCUUUGCUUGUCCACAUAAUCUCGUAUUUUGUGCUGCGACGUGACGGUCUGGAUGAAGCACCCUCUUUCCAAGUGACACCAUUUGCUGUAUCGCAGUACCACCUUGUGCGUGCCGACAAGGAGGUGUUCGAAGAAUGA